ACACCAAAGAUACCACUUGGAAUGGACAAGACAUCCGAGGGCCGUGGGGCCGAGACCCUGCACGACGAUCACCCGACGGACCCCGAGUCGCUCGGAAGCCUACUUGUGAGUCUUACGAAGGAGCUCUCAACGCUCCGACUGCAGUAUGGCGACUUGGAGGCACGGAACCGCCACCUCUUUACGGAGAUGCAAGCGCUGCAACAUGAGAAGCUCGAGCUUCGCACACACGCCGCAUCCGAGGAGCAGCGGCUCCAACAAGAAAUUGACGAUCUCCGUAAGCUCGUGCACGCACACUUGGAGGCUCCAGGAAGCAGCAUUGUACUACCUCCGCCGCCAGCAAUGAGUCCGCCCAAGAGUUCUAUGGAGGACCAAUACUGGCGCAAGACUGUAGCUGAAGCCGCAAUGCAAGAGACCCUCGCGAAAGAGCGUGCGACAGCGCUCGAGCUCAAGCUCUCGGAGGCUCAGGCGCGCCAUUCGAUGGCCCAGGACGAGGUCGACAGCCUUCGCAGCCAAGUGGCAAAUGCUCGGGUCGCCGUUGUCGAGUACGAAGAUCAGGUGACGCGACUUCAGCUCGAAAGCCAAACGCUGCGCAAAGAGGCUUCGAAAAGCGCCGAGCUCUUGAAGCGAGCCCAGCACGACCUCGCUUCGCGGGAAGAGAACUUGAACCAAGUCCACACGCGCCUCCAGCAGGUCUCGACCCACAACGAAGAGCUCAUCGCUGAGAGUCUUCGCGUACGGACGCUUAAUGAGCAGCUCAAGUGCGAGAACGACAUUUUCUCCAAGGCCCAAGAUGAGAUCGCAGCGCUCAAGCACUCGGUCAACACACUAAAAGGCACGGUAACAGCCAAGACAGCAGAAGCCAAAGCGUUCCAAGCGUAUGGGUCCAGCGCGCGAGAGCACCUCCAGAGCCAAGGUGCGGCUCGGCUCAUGCUACAGCAGCACGCUGUGUUCGAGUCGCAAGCGCUUCAAGUUGCAGAGACCGCGUUGGUGUCCGUGAGUCGCCUGCGCCAGCUUGUCCACGAGUCGAGAGACAUACUGACCAACUGGAAAUCGGAAACCCUCUUUUUCUUGAACUUGCUCAAAACGAAAAUGAGCCACGCGGGGCAGUACGUGCAGAUGGCGUUCGCCGAGCACGCACUUUAUCAACCCGCCAACAUCAGCAGCGCGAGCGACGUGGAUGCGCGGCGCGUCACGGCGAACUACCUCACGGGUGAACUCUUGUACCGACCCGAGUCUGGUGACGCGAUGCGCGUGCAAGUGGACCACAUUUUCUCGAAUCGAGCCAAGGAGUGGCUCAAUGGUGAGUCCAUCGUCCCCACGGUGCAAAGUGUGCUCCAUGGCUACAAUGCGUGUGUCGUUACGUUUCAAGACCAACCGGAUAUUGAGCGACUGCUUCCGGACCCUAGCGCGCCAGCACUCACGCGACCGGUUGGAACGUCAGCACUUUCGCUGGUCUUUGAGCAGCUCUUUAAGCAAUGCGACGCGCUCUUUGGUUUUGCGGCUGUACACUGCUCCAUGAGCUACUUGGGGGUUUACAGUGAAGUUGUCCACGAUCUCUUUGCCGUCGAUGGCGCGCCCGUCGGCGACACCGUCGUCGUCAGCACCCCAACUGUCGUCCUCGACAUUCGUGACGCACACGACGCAGAGAUCGCGGCCGCAGAAGGAGCCAAAAACUUUGAACGCAUCUGCGAAACGUGCCCAACAAUGCUCCAUCUGACACACAAGAUUGUGACGAUUUGCAUUACUGUGAGCCAUGUCUUCUCAAACUGCACAACCAAGUCGAAGCUCCAGGUCGUCGAGUUGGCGUCCGGAAUGGACUCCACAGUUGCGACAACGUGGCAGGACACGGAUCGCAUCCGUGCGACCAUCAACCCGAGCUUCGUGCGGUAUCACGGCUCUAAACUCACGCUGAUGCUCCAAGACUGCAUCAGCGUCCAGGCUAAACUAUUGCUGCUGAGCACCGUGCGCACGACCGUUGACGAGCGAGGCGUGCGUAGCUUGCACAUGCUGCAGCUCUUUCGCGACGCCGUGCAUCCGCCACUGUGCAUCGAGGACGACAGCGAUAUCUCUCUGGAUGCAUAUUUGAACCGUGUGCCGGACGUGUACCGAUUCCAAGUUCGGUGGCAAGGUGACGUCUCUGCUUCGCCUGCGCUUGUUGGCUGGGAGCAUGAGCUUGACGCUAUGAAAGACCGCAACCAGAGCAUUGAAGCUUCGCUCGCGUCACCCGCCGAGAGCGACCCGAGUGCGGGAAGUCCGUCGCAAGAGUCCAUGACCAAGACCGGGAAAAAAUCAAGCGGAAAUCGUCCAUGAAGAACCAAGUCAAGCGAAUGCCGUUUCGGUAGUGUGCAGCCUUCUCGCCGGCGACCUAGCCUCUACUAGUAGUAAAACUUG